AUGAAGAAGGAAAGACACCAAGAAGAAAAGAAUGAGGAAGAAAUAGAAUCCAAAGCCAUUACAGGAACUGGGCUUAUGAAUUUAGACGAAAAUUUACUUUUCGAGGUUUUGAAGCACGUUGACGCGAGUACCUUAGGGAGGGCAGCGUGCGUGAGCAAGCAGUGGCACAGGACAGUGCAGGAUGAGAGGUUAUGGGAGCUGAUCUGUACCAGGCACUUGGCUAAUAUUGGUUGUGGUAAUCAACAACUGAGAUCUGUUGUUCUAGCUCUUGGAGGGUUUCGUCGACUUCACUCUCAGUAUCUCUGGCCUUUAUCAAAGCCGCAGUCAAGUUCUGCAGGCUAUGCUUCUACUUCCUCCCCUCCUUCCUGGAAUCCGUUCCCGCCGAUGAUUGGGAAUAAAGCUCCGGCUAGGUGGGGAAAGGAUGAGCGCUUCAGUCCAAGUUCUGUUCAAGGAACUAGUGCUCCUCAAAGUUUACGACAAAUCAAGGAGCCUGUUCCAUCCCCAAGAGAAACUUUUAAACUUUACCGCUCGCCACCGAAAGUGGAACGGAAGGAACUAGCUACUUUCAUUGAAAACGAACUUUCCCUACAAGAACCAAAGGAGGCGAGUGUAAAUUGGCCAAAUCGAUCCAGCAAUCUAUAUAAUUGCAAUUUGGUGAUUCAUGCUGACGCAAGGCCAGACGAUUGGAAAGCUCGUCCUCUAAAUGUCGCAGGAGCUCAUGGCUCCAUAAACGAGGGGUUUGAGCUCGUCUUUGAUGGAUAUUACAUUGAUGGGAUCAAAUCGGGUCCUAGUCACGGUGGAAUUGGUAAUAAGCAUACUAAUGCGCAAACCCUUGGACCCGUCAUCAACUCUGGCCCAUCAAAUGGUGGUCCGGGAAACUGA